CCCAGGUGAGUGAGAAAAUGUAGCGCGGCCGCAGCAAGGCGCCCAGCCGGAGCUCGGCGUGGACGACCGGACCAGCGGCCGCCGGCACCCUUUGGGCCACCCCCACCAUGUCCAAGAAGGGCGCGGGCAGCCGAGGGAAGGGGGACAGGGCGGAGGCCCUGGCCGCACUGCAGUCUGCCAACGAGGAGCUGCGGGCCAAGCUCACGGACAUCCAGAUCGAGCUGCAGCAGGAGAAGAGCAAGGUAAACCGGGUGGAGCGAGAGAAGACGCAGGAGCUGCGGCAGGUCCGCGAGCACGAGCAGCACAAGAGCGCCGUCCUGCUCACCGAGCUCAAGAGCAAGCUGCACGAGGAGAAGCUGAAGGAGCUGCAGGCCGUGCGCGAGGCGCUGCUGCGGCAGCACGAGGCCGAGCUGCUGCGCGUCAUCAAGAUCAAGGACAACGAGAACCAGCGGCUGCAGGCGCUGCUGCACAGCGCGCGCGACGGCGCGCCCGACAAGGCCAAGACGGCGCUGCUGUGCGAGGCCAAGGAGGAGGCCAGGCGGGGCUUCGAGGUGGAGCGCGUCCGCAUGCAGCAGGAGAUCUCCGAGCUCAAGGGGGCCAAGCGGCAGGUGGAGGAGGCGCUGACCAUGGUCAUCCAGGCCGACAAGGUCAAGGCCGCCGAGAUCAGGAGCGUGUACCACCUCCACCAGGAGGAGAUCUCGCGCAUCAAGAAGGAGUGCGAGCGCGAGAUCCGCAGGCUGACCUUCUUCGGGUACGACGACGAGGCCUCCCUGGAGUCCGACGGCUCAUCUAUCUCUUACCAAACGGACCGGACCGACCACACCCCGUGCACCCCGGACGACGACCUGGAGGAGGGCGUGGUCAAGGAGGAGACGGAGCUGCGGUUCCGGCAGCUGACCAUGGAGUACCAGGCCCUGCAGCGCGCCUACGCCCUCUUGCAGGAGCAGGUCGGAGGGACGCUGGACGCAGAGCGGGAAGUUAAGACCCGCGAGCAGCUGGAAGCGGAGGCGCAGCGAGCACAGACGCGCAUCGAAGACCUGGAGAAGACGCUGGCCGGGCAGGGGCAGGGGCCGCCCCUCCCGUUGGAGACAGUGAGCCCGGCGUCCGCGCGCUCCCGGGUUGGCGAGGUGGCUCCGCGGUCUCAGCCGCCGCCAGGCCUCGAUCGCCCCCCAGGGCCCCCGGGCUCCAGCUGCCUCAGGUCACAGGGAGGCACGCCACGUCCACCCCUUCUCUGCCUCGUCCAAUGGGCCCUUCCGCUGGCCAGCUCUGCCGGACGCCUGCAGGGCCCGGGGUGCCCCAGGCCCCAGAGCUCCCGCCGGCACCCGCCCUGCGUAGCCACAGGGCAGAGCCGCGGGAGUGGACUCAGGCCGAGACCCCUGCAGUCGCAGGCGGCCAGCCCGCAGCUGUGGGGAGAGCCCUGCUGGACCUGCUUUCAGAUCAAACACAUGGAGACGGAAGAGGCCCGGCUGAAACACGAGGUCCAGGACGCCAAGGACCAAAACGAGCUGCUGGAAUUCUCUUACCAAACGGACCGGACCGACCACGACAUCCUGGUCUCCGAGCUGAUGAAGAAGCUGGACAUCCUGGGGGAUAACGCCAAUCUGACCAACGAGGAGCAGGUGGUCAUCAUACAAGCCCGGACGGUCCUGACCUUGGCUGAGAAGUGGCUCCAGCAGAUCGAAGAGACCGAGGCGGCACUGCAGCGAAAGAUGGUGGACCUCGAGAGCGAGAAGGAGCUGUUCAGCCAGCAGAAGGGCUACCUGGACGAGGAGCUGGACUUCCGGAAGCACUCGCUGGACCAGGCUCACAAGCGCAUCCUGGAGCUGGAAGCCAUGCUGUUCGACGCGGUGCAGCAGGAGGCGGGGGCCAAGGUGGCGCAGUUGCUGUCCGAGGAGGAGCGCGAGCAGCUCAGGGUGGCGGUGGAGCAGUGGAAGCGCCAGGUCAUGAGCGAGCUGCGCGAGCGCGACGCACAGAUUCUGCGGGAGCGCAUGGAGCUGCUGCAGGCUGCGCAGCAGAGAAUUAAAGAGUUAGAAGAAAAACUAGAAGCUCAGAAGAGACAAAUAAAAGAACUGGAGGAAAAGGUAAAAUAAACGGAGCUCAGGGCUCAC